AUGGCUAGCCCCAUUCUAAGAUUCAAUCACAAGAGCAAUGUUGUAUUUUCUGUGCUGGUGCUUCUAUGCGUCACACUGUUGAUACAGAAGAGUGGUGCAGCUGAGUUUGCAAUAAGUUGGAGUGCUCCGAAUGCCUCUGCGCCUCACUUGGAUCAAUGGGCUGAAAAUAACAGAUUUCAAAUUGGAGACUCCAUAGUUUUCAACUACUCUCCUGGCCAAGACUCAGUGCUUAGAGUAAACCAGGACGACUAUACAAAUUGCAACACCGAUGCCCCUACUGCGAAAUAUACUGAUGGCCACACUGCCAUCAAGUUCGACCAAUCUGGGCCAUUUUAUUUCAUCAGUGGCAACAAAGACAACUGUCUCAAAAAUGAGAAGGUGGUAGUGAUUGUGUUGGCAGAUAGAACCAAUAGAAAUGCAACUGCCCCUUCGCCUUCAAACUCAACUGAUAUAACCCCAUCUCCAGCUCCUGCCGGUGAAGCGUCUCCACCUUCACCAGAUACAGGGGUGGUCGAGAACCCUACUCUAGCUCCCGAAAGCCCUCCACCGCCCAGCGGGGCUUCUCCAGUUUUCAUGAGUUUGUUGGGGUCCAUUGGAGCUUUUGCUGCAUCCUCAUCACUUUUACUACUCUAA